AUGCCAGGAGGAAGGUGGAUCUGUGCGGGUUGUCGCGAUGGGGGAAACCCCAGUGCCUCGUCUCCGACGGUGACUCAUAUUUCGCCGAUGUCGUGUCCGGCUCCCGUGCUGCCGCGUACGGAUUCCGGCGUAGAUGCUGUUAUCGCGGAUGCCGGCACUGCGCGAUUGAUGAGUGCCUUGAGAUCGGAACUCGGCGCUAUGAGGAGCGAAAUCAGGGAACUUAAAGAAUCUGUCUCUUUCUGUUCGGAUAAAAUUUCCGAUUUUGAGGAAAAGCUCGCCAAACUGAGUGAAGUCUUCAGGCUAGCGAAUCACUUAAAGGCUGAGAAUGACUGCUUGAAGAAGGAGGUAUCGAGUUUGCAGUACAGAAUGGACAGUUUGGAACAAAACGCUCGUGAAAAUAAUGUAGAGAUAGUAAAUAUUCCAGAAAAGCAGAAUGAAAAUUUGAUCGAGAUCGUAAAAAAAGUGGGAGAGUUCGCAGGGAUGAUUAUUGAGUCGUCUUCUUUGUCCUCUGUUGUACGUGUACCCACUAGGGUUGAAAAUAGACCGAAAAAUAUCAUAGCCAAGUUCAUUUCUAAAUCAAAAAGAGACGAAUUUCUGUCUACUAUUAAGAAUAAGCGCAGUACGAAUAGCGGAAGAAAUGGUUUUAGCUUGGACGGCCUCUCCAAUAAAUUUUACGUAAAUGAGCACCUCACAACAAAAAAUAAAAGCAUUUUUCGGUCUGCCCGUAUCACAGCCAGGGAAAAAAAUUAUAAGUACGUCUGGACUCAAAACGGAAACAUCCUCAUGAGGAUGAAUGAAACAUCCAAAAUCAUUCAUAUACAGAAUGAGUCAGACUUGGCCAAGUUCAAAUAA